AUGUCACGGCAGGACUACCGCAGCAGCACCACGGCCACCGUUCCUCUUCCUCCGGCGGUGUGUCGUCUCCCUGCGGUAGCGCCCUUUCCGGCCUUGGACCUCGCUCGCGCCAUCUCCGACCAAUUGCCGAUAGAGGACUUGCACCGACUCUAUGAUUCCGGGCCCGUUGUGGGAUGUGUUGGAGAGAGCGACGGGCAGGCGGAGAAUUAUGUGGUGGAAUUUAAUCGGGUCGUGGAGGAGGUAGUUAUGGAGGAGGAGGAGUCCUUGUCGCGGGCGGGUCGCACGAUAGUCGCUGGUACAGGAGGGAACGUUGGCGGAGAUGCGGCUGCGGCGGCGACAGCGAGGACGAUGGAGGAUUUCGAGAUGAAGAUGCAAAUGAUGAAAAACUGCCCAGAGGUAGGUGAUGAUGGAAGAAUGAUUUUCCGUACCUACGCUUUGACUUCAAGUCCGGCGAAAGUAUGA